AUGGCACGAGGUUUGGAUGUUCCGCUCCCGGACUUCCCGGUCACGCUUCCUUCCGCAGCUGCUCUGCCAGAUACGUUCAGCCUUGCGGCCGACUGCCUGCCUGAAGCCCUAGCCAACCGUCCUGUCGACGUUGCUGCCCCGCCUCCAGGUGACACGCUGGCCUUGCCGCCCCCGGUCACGCCACAGAAAGAACCUGACCUGGAGUCCCUUUCCUCUGAAUCUUCUGACUCUUCAGAGGAUGAGGAGCAGGGACCCCCCACAAUGCAGAAGGCUGGAACCAGCGGGUCCUCAGCUGGCCCCGCCUCUGCGUCCAUCCCUUCUGCGGGCUUCCUGUGGAACGCUCGCAGUAACGUAGUGCAUAUCGCUAUGUCCACUGAGCCCGGUGCUACCCGUUCGAGGAAGUACCUCAUUGAUGGCUCCGAGCUGUGGCUGCGCCCGCUCUGUGGUGCCCGGACGCACCAACUGGACGAAGACAGCUUCCUUCCGAAGCUGCCUUCCGGAGCCGCGUCCUGCACGCGCUCCAGUUGCUUCUCACGCCUGCCGGUACCGCACGACAUCCCCGAGGAAGAGCUCUCCGACCAUUUCCGCCGUGAGGCUCGUGAGGCGCAAGCCGCAGCUGUCACGGAGCCGCCCCCGUCCGUGUCUCCGGUGGCCGCUCCGGAGGACUCCGUUCCUGAGGCUACGUCGGUGUGCCCGCUAUUUUGGUACGGCCCGGUUCCUCCGACGGCCAGCUUCUGGACGCACUGCUUCCUGUCCCUGGGUUCCUUGGCUUUCGCCAUUGCUGACCCAUCCGACAGCGCUCAGGUCAAGCUGUUUGUGCAGACCUUGCUGGGUUUCCAGGAGGAUGAUGCUCAAGCUCAUGUCUCCUCCGACGCGGCGUGCAUCCGUCGCCUUUUUAUGGAGGCACAGUUUGCAUCCCCGCUACGUGUGGCAACCGGGGCCACUCCCAUGGCCCCGCCCCCGCCGUCUGGAUCUCCGUCCAAGAUUGCAGCCCCGGACCUUCUCCACUUGCGCAAGACUUUCCUUGCCAAGUAUCCUGGGGAACUACUUACUCCAGAGACUACACCGUCUCUGGAUUUUUUGUCGCUUCUGAAGAGCCACCAUGACACUUCGCAGCCGAUCUGGGUCCCGUGGCGUCUUCGCACCUGCGAAUCUGACGCCUUGCGCUGGGAGGAGUCACGACGCCCACGCAAUGAUCGCCAACUGCUGAGGGCGUUCCUGGACUCGGACGCCGAACCGGCCACGGCCUCUGUCAACCUGAAUAUGCAGGGCCCUCCGGAUCCGGUGCUCCGUCGGAGCCUCUCAUUGUUCGCCACCGCGCGCUGGACUUUGUUCACCCAAUAG